UAUAAAGUUAUGUCCAGCAAUGCAUAUUUAUUUUUCUCCAAUUAUUUAAACAUAUAAAUUAAAAAAAAAAGAAUUAAGCAAUUUGAAUUCGAUAAAUCCUACGCCAUACAAAGAUCCAAUGGUGUUCUUGAAUUAGUUUCUACUGCAUUUCAAUUCAACUCACACAUAUCUGUUUCUCUCUCUAGAUUCUCUCUCUAGAUCCAAUCCAAUAACUCAACAUCCAUGGCUUCACGCAGACGAACUCUACUCAAGGUCAUCAUCCUCGGUGACAGCGGGGUGGGGAAGACAUCUUUGAUGAAUCAAUAUGUCAACAAGAAGUUUAGCCCUCAAUACAAGGCAACAAUAGGAGCUGAUUUCUUGACAAAGGAAGUGCAGUCUGAUGAUAGGCUCUUCACUCUGCAGAUCUGGGAUACAGCCGGGCAAGAAAGAUUUCAAAGCCUCGGUGUUGCUUUUUACCGAGGUGCAGAUUGCUGUGUUCUUGUAUAUGACGUGAAUGUGCAGAAAUCCUUCGAUAAUCUCAACAACUGGAGAGAGGAAUUCCUUAUUCAGGCAAGCCCUUCGGAUCCCGAAAAUUUCCCAUUUGUUGUUUUAGGUAACAAGGUUGAUGUUGAUGGUGGCAAUAGUCGAGUGGUUUCUGAGAAAAAGGCACGGGCCUGGUGCGCAUCGAAAGGAAAUAUCCCGUAUUUUGAAACCUCUGCAAAGGAUGGAAUUAAUGUUGAAGAGGCUUUUGAAGUCAUUGCCAAGAAUGCAUUGAAGAACGAAGAGGAAGAAAUAUAUCUGCCGGAUACCAUUGACGUAGGAAACACGAGUCAACCAAGGGCCUCGGGAUGCGACUGCUAGAAGCAAGUUUCUUUGUUAACGGUUUGUUUUGAUGCUUAGUUUGUAAAUUUGGUUUCAUCAAACUAGUUUUAUGAAUGGAUUGGUUUUAAUGAGUGGUCAUAUUGAGAAGAUGGGCUAGUACAAAUAAUUGAAUGAAAUGAUGCUGGUAUAUUAUCCGAAAAGAGUUUGUUUACAAUAAAGUUGUUCCAUUGAUUGUAUCAUACAAGGUUUUAUUCAAUAAUUUUAUAUAAA